AUGCCGUCUAUCCUCGGUCUUCCAUAUGAUGUUCUCCAACACGUUUUCGACGAGCUUUCUGGUCCCGACACACUCCACUUGAUCUCUUCCCAGAAGCACCUCUACAGCGAACUCAUAGAUGACGACCACACAUGGCGACGGUUCUGCCUACCCUAUGGCGUCGCGGAUAGAAAGUCUUUCCAAGAUCGCUCCUUCCGGGACAUCUAUGGACUAUUCCUGCAUAUAUACGGCCCCCUCCUUGGUCUCUGGUGCAGCGAUUAUCCUUUCAGGGGCAACAUAUUGCAGUUCCGCCUCCUACCAGAUCAUCAAGAGCGCGACGGGGAGCCUGUGAUGGUCGGGGAUGUGUGGAAGUUCACCUUCCAGCCUGGGCAGCCAUCACCUCACCUCCCGUACUACGUUGAGUUCGUUCAAAUUGGUUUCGCACCUCGCACAACCCAAGCCGAUUCCCCUGCCAACGACGUGUCCAUUACCUGGCACCUCCGCAACGAGCACGAAAGUCUUAGCUUCCUUGCGCAGGGCGGGCCGUGGAGACGUCGGUUCGACGGCAACGCAUUGAACAAUCCCUCGCUGCAUCUCAUCGGUCCCAGCGAUUCGACCGUCCAGCUCAGAAACUACUUCGCGCACCCAAUAACGAACCCGGAGUUCCCAGAGACCCCCAUAACACCCUGGUACGACUCCACCCGACGCACGCCGCACCUCCCCGUCCAGAGCCCCCCGCCCAUCCUCCUCACCCCGCCGCGCUGGUACAACCGAAGCCCUGCCGAGCUCCGCUACAUCUCCGGUGCGCCGAAGCCGUUCUCGAUCGCCUUCUCCCCUGAGAGCGCGUCCGAGUCGUUCGCGGACCUCCACCACCCAAACCACGAGCUGAGCGACCGCUACGCCAUGCUACAGCCGCGCUACUUCCCGCUCCGCACCGUCGUCGAGGUCGGGGUCGACCCCGCGUCCGCCGCGUGGAGCGCGAACUCGCUGGGCGGGCUCUGGCUGGGCGACUACGGCCCGCACGGGACCGAGUGCUUGUUCAUCGAGUAUGACGAGGCGGCGGGAGAAGUGCGCGCGUGGAAGAUUACGGGGGAUACGAACGUCCCGCGCGGGGUGUGGAGCUGGUGCGCGACCGUCACUCACGACGCACCGUUCACGGACGUUUCGGGCGUCACAUUUCGGGGGUUCGAGGCGCAGGGGCGGUUCGCGCAGCAUGGUUAUGUGUGA